CCGCUCACCAGCAGCCGCCUGCGUGCCUUGUGCCCCCCCCCGGGCACCCCCCCGGCCCCCCCAACACCAGCAGCAGAACCCCCCGAGGCGGCGAGCCCCCCGAGUUCGCCAAGAUCCUCCCGGACGGCCCUGGCCACCAUCAUGAGGAUGUUGGACGAGUCCAUCCGCCAGGAGGAGGAUGAGGGGGGGCGACUCGGAGGCUCUGGAGGAGAUCAGCCGGGCUUGCGAGACCUUGGCCGAGCAAGCCGGGAGAGCCAGCCCCCCUUCCCCGGACCCCCCCCCAAAAUCGGGGCUCACCGUCACCAUCGGGGGUCCCUCCAACCGCCGGCAGCACCCGCCGGGCCCCCCUCGCGUCACCGCGAGCUGCGGCGGGGCCGGCGGCAACACCCGCGGAAAGAACAACACCAACAACAACCGCAACAACAACCGCAGCAACAACAACAGCCGCAGCGGCGGGAGCGUCCCGUGCUGGCCACGCUGGACCUGCAGAGCUCCGGGGUGCAGGAGAAAGGGGGACCCCCACCCACCACCAUCACCACCACCAGCACCCCGAGCUCGGAAACCAAAGCCGGGGUUGUCACCCCUCCCCAGAAUCCGACUGUAGCGGCGCCGGUGUCGUCGUCGUCGUCGUCGUCGGUGAGCUCGGCCGAUCUGCUGAAGCUGCGCUCGCUGGGCGAGGGUCCCCCCAAGGAGCUGAAGAUCCGGCUGAUCAAAGUGGAGAGCGGCGGGGCCGGGGGUCCCGGGGCUCUGCCCGGUCUCGGGGGGUCCCCCGGGGCGGGGGGCGAGGCUUUGGUGGCCCCGGAGGUCGGGGAGCCCCGGGGGUUGCCGCUGGCUCAGCUGACGAUCCGGCACAGCGCCGCCGAGGUGGUGCGGGCCAGCAAGCAGGCGCGGCUGAAGGGGCCGUUCCGCGAGUCCUACCUGUGCCCGGCGCAGUCGGUGAAGCCGCGAAUCGACGCCCGCGAGCAGCUCCCGAGGGACAAACUCAACCCCCCCACGCCCAGCAUCUACCUGGAGAGCAAACGCGACGCCUUCUCGCCGGUGCUGCUGCAGUUCUGCACCGACCCCAAGAACCCCAUCACCGUCAUCCGGGGCCUGGCGGGGUCCCUGCGCCUCAACCUGGGGCUGUUCAGCACCAAGACCCUGGUGGAGGCCAGCGGGGAACACGCCGUGGAGGUUCGCACGCAGGUGCAGCAACCCUCGGACCAGAACUGGGACCUGUCGGGGACGCGCCAGGUGUGGCCCUGCGAGAGCAGCCGCUCGCACACCACCAUCGCCAAGUACGCCCAGUACCAGGCAUCGUCCUUCCAGGAGUCCCUGCAGGAGGACAAGGACAGCGAGGAUGAGGAGGCCGAAGAGCCGGACAGCACCACCGAGACCCCGCCCAGCCCCCCCGACCAGAAAUCCCAUCAGAUCAUCAAAUUCGGGACCAACAUCGACCUGUCGGACGCCAAGAGGUGGAAGCCGCAGCUGCAGGAGCUGCUGAAGCUGCCGGCGUUCAUGAGGGUCUCGUCCACGGGGAACAUGCUGAGCCACGUGGGGCACACCAUCCUGGGCAUGAACACCGUGCAGCUCUACAUGAAGGUGCCAGGCAGCCGCACACCUGGUCACCAGGAGAACAACAACUUCUGCUCGGUGAACAUCAACAUCGGCCCCGGCGACUGCGAGUGGUUCGCGGUGCACGAGCACUACUGGGAGACCAUCUCCGCCUUCUGCGACAGGCACGGCGUGGACUACCUGACGGGCUCGUGGUGGCCCAUCCUGGAGGACCUGUACCGCUCCAACAUCCCGGUGUACCGGUUCGUGCAGCGCCCCGGCGACCUGGUGUGGAUCAACGCCGGCACCGUGCACUGGGUACAGGCGACGGGCUGGUGCAACAACAUCGCCUGGAACGUGGGGCCGCUCACAGCCUAUCAGUACCAGCUGGCUCUGGAGCGUUAUGAGUGGAACGAGGUGAAGAACGUCAAGUCCAUCGUGCCCAUGAUCCACGUCUCCUGGAACGUGGCCAGGACCGUCAAGAUCAGCGACCCCGACCUGUACAAGAUGAUCAAGUACUGCCUGUUGCAGUCCAUCAAGCACUGCCAGGUACAACGCGAGAGUUUGCUGCGCGCGGGGAAGAAAAUCGCCUACCAGGGCCGGGUGAAGGACGAGCCGGCGUAUUACUGUAACGAGUGUGACGUGGAGGUGUUCAACAUCCUGUUUGUGACGAGUGACACAGGCGGCCGCAACACCUGA